AUUUUUAUGCCUUAGCGCCAGCGCCAAGGCAAGAAAAGUGGGAUAAUGAAGGAAAAUAAAUCCGAGGUUUUACUGAUGCUAUAUUCUGCCUACCAGGCGCGGCGCUGUGCUUGAUACUAGCGCCUCCAUCCUAUUCUCUCUUAAACAUGGAUUCUCAAACCUUCAUUCAUCUCUCGACCAUCCUCCGAACCCAGAAUUAUUUUUUCGCAUCACUCGUGGCUUCUUGGGUCUACGAUUGUUUCCUAACCUUGGACCAGGAGGUAUCUUCGAUUCAUUGCCCACGGUGGAGGAAAGGAAGUAUUCUUUAUAUCAUGACAAGAUACAUGCCAGCCUUGAUGCUCUCUGUACACUUAUACAUGAACUAUCUCCCGAAUGAAAAAAUUGUGACUUGUAAAAUUCUACAGUCAAUGUGGUAUUGUGCUGCUGCAUUGUGCAUAGUUGGUGCAGAAGGUAUCUUUAUCCUUCGUACCUAUGCAUUAUGGGGACAAAAGAAAUCCAUUCUGGGCCUUAUGUUGUCAACGGUACUCUGUCUGGCGAUCUUGAACGUGUUAAUAGUAUUGAAGGUUUGGAAGCAGUCGAAACUCCAACUAUUAGACAUAGGUGGCGGUUGUUACUCACUAUCUCACGACAACAAGGCUGCAUAUAAUUGGUCACUUCUAGCAGCAUUCGAGCUUGAGAUCAUAGUACUCACCAUGAUUCGUGUAUAUUGGGCAUACCGUGAAAGAGGGUGUCGGCUGCUCAAUAUCCUUCUACAACACAACUUUUUUUACUUCGGAACUGGGCUAACACUAUCUGUGCUUAAUCUUUUAGCCAUUGAAUGGCUACCGGUGUGUAGAAACCCGAAUCCAACUCGAUGUCGGCUGGGGGUCCUGAUACUUUUUUCACGCAGUUCAACUCCUCAAAUAUGUUUGUAACAUUUCAAAUCGUCAUGCAUACGGUCCUCGUUACUCGGAUGCACCUACAGUUUUGCAACACCGUUUGCGACUCCCCUGAGCCCGGAACCACAUCACACUCUCAAUUGACCAAUAUUGAACUUCAGACGUGUUCGCAUUCGGAUGCAUGAUGAUUCAAUGGAGUGUGUACAUUUCAUUUUCAUUCAAAUAUUUUUUCUGUUGUGUUGCAACGA